CCUACUGGAUUCCGGGAUCGAUGUAUGGCACGUGGCUUUGGCAAGAGGAUCUUGGCUAGGUAUUUGAUUGACACCUGGCAAAACUUAUCCACGUGUCACCCCACCGGAUAAAUUGACCAAAAUUGGAUCAACAAACAAACAAAUAAAAUCGUCGGGCAAAAUUAAAAUUGGGGACGAUUCCCUUCUUCAUUUCUUCUCAAUUCCCCUUUCAAUUUUCGUAGGGUUAGGGUUAUCACUGCAACAAUGGAAGCAACGACUGCAGCGGAGGGCUUGCUUGACCAAAUCCGGCCGCCGCGUCUAGAAGACGCCGGCCUCGAAGACUGCUCACUCCCACCCGACUCGAUCAUGGAAGCCUUCCUCAAGGCCGCCACCGACGUCGGCUCACGGGCUGCCUCGAUUUUCGAAAAAGACGAGGGGCGUUGCGUGGACGAUCCGUGGGGCGAGGAGAUGGGGGACGAUCUGGUGGGGGUGAUCGAGGGUGUGGAUCCUCCGCCCGGGGCUUGCGUGGCCGAGAAAGGCGGCGGAGUGGGGGAGGCGGAGGAGAGAGGGGAUAAGGUGGUGGAGGGAGGGGAGGCUUGUGUUGAUGGAUUGAAGGGUUUGGAGAUUGGGGAUAAGGGGAAGAGUGGUGGUGAAGAGGAGGAAGGUGAAAGGCCAAUUUUAGUUUAUGAUUAGAGAUUCGAUAAGAAGUGUUCGGAAUGUGUUAGAGAUGUUGGUAUGUGUGAGACAUGUUAGGAUGCCAGGUCAAGUAGUAUCUUCAAAACAUUGAAGCAUCAUCAAAAUGGCAUCAAUGCUUAGUUCUUGAAUGACUAUCUAACUUUCUUUUUCAGAAUGAGCUUAUCAACUAAAACAUUUAGAGGAAACUUGGGCGUGCAAUAGCCUUAGGGUGGAAUUUUGGUACUGUGGGAUGGGCGGCAAAUAGCCCGUGGUUUUAAUCUAGGUGGAGUUGGAAUGGGAACGGAUGCGAGUAAUGUUGUUAAGCUGCUUGAGGCUGAGUAUCUUUUUGUCUCUUCGAACUGCAAUAACCACUAUCUCAACAACAUCAUUUGUGAUUGCAGGCCUCUUCUCCAGAGGCUAGGAACUGAAGGCAAGCAUGUGUUUAGGGAAGCAAAUCGUUGUGCGCGAAUAUACUAGCUAAGUCUCAGCUUUAAUUGGAAUAGUUUUAUUUUCAAUUCGAUGCCAAACUGUAUUACUAGGCUGCUGGAAGACGAUGCUGAUGGGUUGAAAUACGCCUAUAACUUUCUGUUUUAAUUCUUUGUAUCAGUACCAGUCAAAUACUGUAGAAGAACUUUCAAGUUGAGUCACCACCGGCAUCAAAUGUCUGGAGUUGAGUUAUUGGGAUCUGGAGAAGUGUGUAAUUGUGAAGGCCCCGAAGUUCAUUGAUGUGGGUAGCAGCAGGGCAAUUUAAAUGAGAAGCUAAACAAAGAGAAAUUUUUGGGUACUGAGUGGGUACCACGUGACGGUACCCUUUCGCGAUCCUAGCCGUCAAAGGUCUAAAGAGACCAAGUCUAAAGGUCGACUCAGAGAAAUAGAUAGCCCUUUGGAAGAUCCCGUGCAGUUGGUGUUUGUGGUCAUUGUUUGAACCAAUCAUCCUGUGAAACUCGUCGAAGAUUGAACAGAGUUCUCCUAGGUAGCAGUUGAGUUGAAUCAUGGGACAAGUUCAACCAAGGAGCAUCGAAUUACAUGAAAUGUAACAAGUAACGUAACAUGUGGUUGUAGUUAUGGGAUCAAGCUAUUGUUAAUGUUCGAAACAUUCCAAGUGUUAUCAACACUUUUGGGGCCAAUUCACAAGCUACUUUUUCUUGAUUUUAAUUGAUCCCUUGCGAGUAGUGGUGUGGUCGGUCCUUCAAGAGCAUAGGUCUAGGUAUUUGAAUUAUCAAUUCCAACACUUCUACAA